UCACACACAAACACGUCUCCAGAAUCUCCACUCAUGUUGGCCAAUUGCGCACCAGUAAGCUGCAGGAGGUGCCACAGACUUGCUCGACAAGAGAAGGCGCACUGAACCUUAUUUCACUUUUCCAUCUCUUCAAGUUCUGAAUGAAUCUUUGUGAGGGGGAAAUGAGCUGCUACACGUUUUCAGCCCGUGCGCCCUGCAUAUCUUCAGUCUCAGCUGCAUUCGUGAUUGCCACUAUUGGAAAUACCCUGCAACACUGAUCUGUGUGGGACCCCGAGAGCCAGCGGUGACUGAUAUGGAGGCGACCUCGGAUCCGCUCUCGUUCACAUCAGUGCUUAACGACGGAGAUGAUGAUGAUGGGAACGAGACCUCCACCAACCUGUUCGCGCAACCCGCGUGGCAAGUGGCUCUGUGGGCGCUCGCCUACUCUCUGGUGGUGCUGGUGUCUGUGGUGGGAAAUGUCACCGUGAUCUGGAUCAUCCUUGCGCACAGACGCAUGAGGACGGUCACUAAUUACUUCAUCGUGAACCUGGCUUUCUCCGACGCCUCCAUGGCCACCUUUAACACCGUCUUCAAUUUCGUUUACGCGUUGCACAACGACUGGUACUUUGGUUUGGGCUACUGCAAAUUCCAGAACUUUAUCCCCAUCACUGCCGUCUUCUCCAGCAUCUAUUCGAUGGCUGCUAUUGCUGUGGACAGAUACAUGGCCAUUAUCCACCCUUUGAGGGCCAGACUGUCCUCUACCACCACCAAAGUAGUGAUUGGUGUAAUAUGGGCUGUGGCUUUUUCCUUGGCCUUCCCUCAGUGUUUCUACUCAAGCACCAAGGUCUACUCGCACCGCACAAUCUGCAUGGUGGAAUGGCCUGAUGACUAUGGCGGAAAGCACCAGCUCUCGUAUCAGAUUGCUGUCAUUAUCCUGAUCUACUUGCUCCCCCUGCUGGUGAUGCUAGUGACCUACAGUAUGGUGGGCCAACGACUAUGGGGCAGCAAGAUCCCAGGAGAGGCAUCAGACCACUACCAGAACCAGAUUCAGGCCAAGCGCAAGGUUGUGAAGAUGAUGAUCGUCGUGGUGACAACCUUUGCUAUAUGCUGGCUCCCCUAUCAUAUCUACUUCAUCCUGGGUAGCUUCAAGAAGGAUAUAUACAACCAGCAUUACAUCCAACAGGUCUAUUUGGCCAUCUUCUGGUUAGCUAUGAGUUCCACCAUGUACAACCCCAUCAUAUACUGCUGCCUGAACCAAAGACGCCUGCUGCUUCUCCUCAGAUUCCGGUCAGGUUUCCGACGAGCGUUCCGCUGGUGCCCUUUCAUCAGGGUCUCAGAGGAGGAUGACCUGGAGCUGCGGCACAUGAGAACCUUCCGGACAACACGCAGCUGUCGAACAGAGACCGCCAGUGUCAUGGUGCAGAACCAUGUCAAUGCACCAGAGGAGGUCAUGUCUGAGCUGAUUAAAUCUUAGGCUCAAGACAGAGCCUCUGAAAAAGAAAUGUGUUGGGCACAGUCACAUUAACUCUAAAUACCUCACAGAGAACAUGAAUACAGAGAAGUUUCAUAUGGAUGUUGUUCCAGUGGAUUAGGAGUGUCCUUCCAUAGCUUAAGCACUCAUCUUAUAUGUAGAUGCUGUAUAGUUUAGGUGGUCAGUUGUGUGUGUUUUGUUAAACAUUGUGUGAAAUGUGUGAACUGUAAACUGUAAAUACUACCUAAUAGUGUCAAGUGAAAUAUCUCACCGUGAAAAAAUAGCUGUAAAGUUAAGAUUUGCCAUAGACAUGAGAUCCCUUUGCAGCCUUUUUAGUAUGCUACCUGUUAUGAGUGAUCAGUUAGAAGGGAUUUAAUCUGGUAGAUGCAAGUAAAAAUGUUCAGAAAACGAAGAAGCUUGCUCACAGUGAUUCUGUUCAGAAAUUAUAUGACAUGUGUCCUAAAUAUCCACAAAUCUUGCUGUUUGGCUUUGUACUUUAACAUAUUUAAUUAGGAAAGAAUAAAGCAAUUCUAUUGUGCA